CACGCAUCGAUACAAUUCCAGAAAACCGACAUCGGUGCAGAUGAUAGCAUGCUGUCGCUGGCAUGUGAAGAUUCAAGGCAGGAUGAUAAGAGGCGAGUCUACUGCCCUGGCACUUUCCGUGUUAACCCGUCUUUGCCCUUUCCCUCUCCCCUCACAAUUUCUCCUCACCGAGCGAGCCACUUCCCCCUCACUACUCCAUCUCCAACUUUUUUUUUCUGUAUGUUUCUUCCCCAAUUAUGCUGACCAACAAGUAUUGAUUCAAGUGGUUCGAAUGGAGAUUAGGCUACAUGCCACUUGAUUGACGGAGGAGACGAGCCAGUGCAACAACCAGAGAUUACACAAAGUACCAAAAGAAAAAAAGAAAAAAAGAAAAAAAAAAAAAAAAAAAAAAAAAAA